AUGCGCUCAACAGCCCUCAACAUAUUCUCAAGAGUGGUUUCCCGCUCACUUCAUCUUCUGAAGACAACGCUCAUCCAAGGCAUCGCCGGCCCGCAUCCGCUGCUUCCGUCGGCACGCCAUCCGCACGCCCCCUCGCGCGGCCAGCCCGGCCAGCCCGGCCAUGCCACGCCCGAAAUGCUCCCCGAGCCGACGCUGAGCUUCACCAUCCCCAGCCUCCACGACGGCCUCCCCCUCGACUGCCGCGUCUACCACCCGCCGUCGCUGGCGGCCACGAACCUCAAGGCCCCGCCGUGGAAGCGGCACGGCGCCAUUGUCGCGCACCCCUACGCGCCCAUGGGGGGCUCCUACGACGACUCCGUGGUGGAGAGCGUGGCAAAGAGGUUGCUGGCCGAGGGGUACCUGGUCGGGACGUUCAACUUCAGAGGCGCAGGACACUCGGCGGGACGGACUUCGUGGACGGCCAAGCCGGAGAGAGACGACUACGCGAGCAUGGUCGGCUUCAUGGUGUACUACGCGCACAUUAUAAACCCGUUUGAGAAGCAGCAGCAGCCGGCGGCAGCGGCGGAGGAGGAGGAGGAGCCCCCCGCGCUGAUCCUGGGCGGCUACUCGUACGGCGCGAUGGUGACGGCGCAACUGGCCCCGAUGGAGGCUCUGUUGCAGCCGUUUGCGAGCCCCGAGCCCGACUCGCCCGCCGCGCAGAUCCGGCUCCGGGCCCAGCACCUGGCUGAGCAGCAGAACCUGAUUCUCGGGAGCGUGCGCGCCGCCAUGCAGGCCAGGCUGCCGCAGAGCCCGACAAAACAACGCGGGGUGCGCGUCGGAGGCAGCGAGGGAGGAGGAGGAGGAGCGGCGGCGGGGGCGGCGUCGUCGUCGUCACGCAGGAGCCACGACAGCCUGCGCUUCUCGCUCGACGGGGAGGACAAGUUCCGCCGGGGCGUGCACGAGUUUCUGGCGAGGAAGGCGAAGCACGGGCCGCGGCGACGGGCAAGCGGGGCCCCGGUGCCGGGCGGGACGGAAGACGCCGACGCUGCCACGGGUUGCGGCGACGCGCCGGCCAAGCUGGCCGCGGCAGACGUGGUGCCGCCCCCCCGGCCGGCGUAUCUGCUGGUGUCGCCGCUGCAGGGCGUGGUCACGCACCUGGCCACCAUGUCGUGGACGCGACGCAAGGACGACGACGCCGAGGACAAGCUCGUCCGGCACCCCACCGUGGCCAUCUACGGGGACGCGGACGUCUUCGUGCCGGCGGGCAAGCUGCGGGCGUGGGCCGCGAGGCUCUCGGGGGGUGCGUCGCUGUUCGCGGCGCGAGAGGUGCGCGGCGCGGGGCACUUUUGGAAGGAGGAGGGCGUGCUGCAGGAGAUGGUGGACGAGGUCGGGCGCUUCUGCAGUCGGCACCGGGGGGGCCUGAUCUGA